GCUUCUUAAAAGAUCCAGUCCACCCAGGAAGGUUUCCAAUGGCUCUCGGGAUGGUUUCGAGGAAGGUGGUGGCCAGUUUGCUGCUGGUGUCCCUGCUGUCCGUGCUGGCUGAGCAGACCCAAGGCUUCAUGCCCUUUUUCACCCAGAGCGACUUCCAGAAAAUGCAGGAAAAGGAGAGGAACAAGGCAGGGCAGAAGAAAUCCCUGAGCUCGCUGCAGCAGCUGGAGGAGGAAGAUUUCUCUGAGCAAUCUGGUGUGGAUGUCAAUGCAGCCAAGACCCUCCAGCAGGCCCUUCCUGUCAGAGCUUGGCUUACCCCAAGGCAGCUGGAAAAAUACCAAGAUGUCCUGGAGAAACUGCUGGCAGAGCUGUUACAGGACACCCCAGAUGCUGACUGAUAUCUGCAGGAUCAGAAGAGAAAGCGCUGGAGCUGCUCAAGCUGAAAGACUCCACUUAUGUAAAUGAAAUUUGUCAGAGAGAUUAACGAAAUCUGAGGUGAGAUAAUAAAUAUGCAGCGUAAUUAAAAAGUA